UUAUUAACAAAAGUACAUUUACUAAUAAUGAUUUUCAGGAUUCUUUAAUUAUAGAAAUUAAUAAUCGUUGGCAAAAAAUAUUCAAUCCAGUUUAUUUAAUUACCUGGUUUCUUCAUCCAUAUCAUCACGGUGAAGGAUUAAAUCCAACAUGGCUUCUAUACAUUCAAGAAGCUGCAUACGGCUUAUUUUGUAUUUUUUAUCCGGAUUAUAAUCAAGACAAAUUUAUUGAUGAAUGGUUAAAUUACUCAAAUCACGAGGCACAAAAAUUAAAUGAAAUAGAAAGUAAUAUUUUAGAUAAUGAUGACUAUAUUGAUAGUAGCGAUGACUAUAUUGAUAGUAGCGAUGACUAUAUUGAUGGUAAUGAUGAUGUAGACGAAUUUAUAGUAAAUUUAAAUCAAAUUUCUGAAAAAUUAAUAGAUGAUAUUCAUGUACUUGACUUAGAUAGCGAAGAAACUAUUCCAGCACUCAUGGAUAUAUUUGAUUCUAAGAUUGUUGAAAGAUCAUUAAAUGUUUAUAUUA